AUGAAGGCCUCAACCACCACCAUCCUCGCGACUCUCACUGCUCUCGCAAGCGCCCAGUACAGCGGCAGAAUCGUCUCCGAGAACAGAGGCUCCUGCCCCAUCCCCAACUCCGAGGGCGACCAGCUCAAGUACUCUUACGAUCCGAGCGAGGGAAACCUGUGCCUCGACCUGAACCAGCACGAGGUCUACGCCGAAAGCUACCACGCCGUCCUAUAUGGAAAUGCCGAGCUGCCCGAUUCCGAGGAGCCAACUCACUUUGGUGGAUGUGCGGAUUCGAAAUGCACCCAGUGUGAUCUUGUCGAUGUGAACGUUCGCUCCGAUCGCCCUGGUUCUAUUGAGUCGAACUGUACGGUGUUUGAGAACAAGCCGUACCUGUUCAUUGGUGUUCCUGAGCGUGACGGGAAGGACCUUUAA